AUGACGACAAUGUCGACCGCCCAACGCAUCAGCCAGCAUGUCCAGGCGUGCUCUCGACCAGCCUCGGACGAUUGGGACCCGGAGCUGGUCGGCGAGACAUCACAUCUCCUCGCUCGCCUGCAAAAGAUACGAUCGCGCUCGUCUCCUACCACCGAGGGCUCCUUUGUUCCAUCUACGCACCAUCUUCCACCACAUUCGUCCAGUAAACGAGAUGCUGGGGAGGAGGGCCGCGGCGGUGACCACGAUGAGCUCCACUGGAAGGUCAAUCUCCUCACUUGGACGAGAGGUAGCACGCUCGUGCGCACGCUCACAUUCUCCAGCCCCAUCCUCCAGGCAUUCUGGACCCUCUUCCACGUGAGCUCGCCGGACAGCAUCGAGGCAGCUCCAGGAAAACUUAACGCAGACCGACACGCCAGUCCACCGGCAAAGGCGCUUUGCGUCUUCUUCGAGCAGGCGCUACACAUUCACUUCCCAGGUCUUGGGGGGCAGCUCGACAUGGAACUGCCGUUUCGCUUUGCCAGAGCGUUCCCGGCUCCUUUGGGCUUCCUUAUCCAGCGCCAGAUCGAAUCCGAGGAUGAACGCAUCGCCUCUCUCCUCCAUCGCCCGAGCCUUUCCUCACAGCCUGAAAUUACCUCCAACGUCGGAUAUCCUUUCCCCGACCUCAGCUCAUCAUCCGAGUCAAGCUACAGCUUCUCUCAGAUGCUCGACGACUCAGACCAAGCCUCGGCCUCCCAGCUGCGUACGGAUGCGGCCCGCCUCCUUCCCAUGGUCUUUUACCUUUCGAGAUGCCACGACGAUCUCGUUCCUGUCGAUCGCUUCCCUCAGCUGUCCUUCAACCUUGCGCCUCCGGAUGACCCGCAUCCCGUGUCACACGGGCCUGCAUCACCCUUUGGCGAACUCGACGAGAACAUCGCAUUCGUCUCAUCCCUCGACGAUGCGCGCUUUCCGCCGUUCAUCGUGACAACGGCCCAACACAACUCGGUCAUCCGCAUCUACGCCUUUGCGGCUCGCCACACUGCUUUUGACGCCACCGCCACCCUGCUUUCGGCUCCACGCAUCCCUUCGUCCCUCGCUCCGGCACCCACCCUGUCCAACGGCAGGCCCAACGCGGCGAGCGCGCAGAUGCACGCCCCAUCGGGCCAAGAUGGCAUGCAACAGCACCCUUCAAAACCUUCGCGCACAGUGUCGGAUACACCGGCGGCCAAAUCACUCGGCAGAGGCUUUCCUUCCACCCUCAGACGCAGCGCACGCAUCGACCUCGAGAGACGCACAAGCGGCCUCACUUCAGCAGCAGGUAUGGGAAGAGAUCCAAGUGGCCGCAGUCGCCGCAUCAGCGCCAUGCAGCCUGGCGUUGCAGAUCGCCGCUCCAAUGGCCGCAAAGACGAUGUCACCACCCAGACGCGCGAUCGCACCCUCGGCAACAUCUCGCAUACCGCAGAUGGCCUCCGUCUUCAAUCGCAGACCUAUCAGCACGAAGCCAUGCUCGAGGAACUUGGCAAUGCCGGUACCAGCAUGCGUAUCACCGGCACCCAGGCGUCGGCGGCCCGCAUCCGCCGAAGCUCUCAAACAGCCGCUCGCACUCCUUACAAUGGACCCCGCACCUCAAAUCGCACUUCGUCGGCCGCCAUCAAAGCGAGACCUUCUAUGAACCUGUCUCGCUUGGACUCGAGCUUGGACACCGGUCGAAUGACCUCCACGUUCGCAACAGGCGUUACAGAGCAUGCCGUGCGCGCAGAUGCAGCCGAUGCCGAUGCUGCGCUUAUUGAUGACGACGACGUCGAUCUCGCAAGGAUCGCUGACAUCGACAGCUUUGCUCGCGGAUUCGCGAGCGUCUGCCUGCUCGACGAGAUCAAGGUGUCCGGUCUGGCUUCCAAUCAGGAUCCUUCCGAGAUCCACGUGCACACCGCCCUGUUCGAUCGCCUGGACCCCAACGCUGCCUACGUGUUCGUAUCCGUGCCUACUACCAACCAGACAUUCUGCCGCAGACUUGGCUUUCAACAAAUCGGACCACCGGACCGUGCCCGCAAUCUGCCAUUUUGCAAAGCAACGACCAAGCUGCAGGCCUCUUCCGUGAUCCCUUGCUCUGCCUUGCUGCCCAUUCAAUCGGUCUCAUCCGAGUCAAUCCAGGUGCUCACGAUCAGCCGCACCGGUACUGUCGAACUGCAUUUCGGGCCGCCAUCCCCGGCGCGGACGCCGCUGGACGUCACAUCCCUUGGACCUCUCGCCAAGGCUCUGGAGCAAAUACCUGAACCGGUCACCUCGCUGUCUUCUGCGACCGCGAGCUCCACUACGCCCCAGCUUCGUACUUUGCUUCUGACGUCCAGUAGGAACCAGCAACGUAUGUGCGCCGGCCCUGAUCUACGCCCACGAUGUGUCAUCACGGCUCGAAUCCUUGCCACGUUCUUCCGGACGCUUCCGGAGCACCUUGCGGCCAAACUCGCUGGCAAGUGGAUCCAUUCACGCUUCCUCUCCGUCCCAGAGUCGACACAGAGGCCCAGCCUCGCGGCUGCAGAAGAGGAUUGGUCAGCAAUGCUCAGCUGCUUUCGAGCAUCUCCGCGGACAGACGGCAUCGAUUCGACAGCCCACCGCCUCUACGCCGAUGAUCCGCUUCUGUCGUUUCUCGUUCCGAUGCGUCCGAAAGCCGAUCAAGCACGAACUGCUCCGUCGAACAGUGCUGUUUCGCUCGGUCUCGAACCACCGGAGACACAGCAAGCCAUGCUGGUGCUCUACCUUCUCGCAGAAGAGACCCGGCUUGAUACCUCCCGGCGUUCGGACGAGUCGAUACGGAUCGCUGGUCUGGCCGCCACUUUGGCAGCCGAACUUGGCGCUGCCGCCUGGAUUGAGGCGCUCUGCCGGCGAUUCGCGCUUCAAGACGUCGGCACGGUCUCGGGCUCGAGAAUUUCCGCCGGUGAGGCCACAAAAUCGGUUCCGCCCACAGAUCCGUAUGUAGUGGUUCUCGACAUGCUGUCCGGCAAGUCCACUCGUACCUCCUCGCUCUUGGAGUGGAUCUCCACUGCCUGGAGGAUCAACGCGACUGAUCGCGAGACAGCAGAGACGUUUCCGCUGCUCCACGCUCUUUUCGCAACGUAUGCAGUAUUCAAUCAAGGGCGCAGGACGGCUGCAGAUGUCUCGGCCGGUGUAGUCGAGGCCAUACUUGCGCACCAGCUCGAUCUCGAGAGGCUGAGGAGGCUGCCAUUCGGGCUCGCCUUGCCUCUCUACCAGGCGAUCCGCUGCUGCCGGCUUCAUCCCCCGAGCGGCAAGAGCGCCGAAUUCUACGAAACGAUCCAGCGGGCCGACAUUGUACUGAAUGCUGUCCCACAGCAAAGCGCGCUGGGAGACACUAGCGUGCGACGCAUCCCCGCACAGCUCAUCCGAACGCUGCCGGAGGGCGCUCCGCUCGACGCCAUCUGCGCCCAGCUCUUCAGCAGGGAUUUCCGAUUGCGCGACGUGGUUGCGUUGCUGUCCACCGAAUCAGUCAACUCGGUCUACGUAACCGAGAACGAGAAUCAGACCGAGGCAUCGAUCAACGAGCAGCACUCUGCGGCCGUGGCCGCGGUCGGCGAGCGCACCAAAGCCUUGUCGCCCGGCAGAGCCAUGCUCUUAAUGACUUCGCGGCCGUUCUUGCCCACGCAUCGGUGGCGCAUCCCUUCCAUCUGUCUUGCUGUCAAGGUGCGGCCGCGUGGCAUGACGAUCGAGCCGGAUGCCAAGACGGACGUGUCCGGGCUCGAUUGGCCCGAGUUCCACAACGGGGUGGCGUCGGUGCUGGAGCUCAACGUGACUGCCGACGUCAAAGUCGACUCCAAGUGGAUCUUUGCUCACCUCGGCGAGCAGGUGACGGCGCGCCACGCCGGUUUCUUGUAUGGCUUAGGCCUGAUGAAGCAGCUGCCAUCGCUGACUCCGGUGCAUGUCUUCCGAUACCUCAAGAUGCGCAACAACCUCUUGACCAUCGGGUUCCUGCUUGGCAUGGCCGUCUCGACGCUUGGCACAGCCGAUCCUACCGCGCGGCAUCUGAUCGGCAUGCAGCUCACGGCGUUUCUACCGGCAGGCUCUGCGCCUCUGAACUUGUCCAUCAUCACACAGACGGCCGGUCUGCUUGCCAUGGGUCUGGUCUUCCUCGGCAGCAACCAUCGAUGGACAGCCAAGCGCAUGCUGGACCAGAUCGGCGCGCAGGAAUCGCCCAUCGCCAACAUCCAGCCGCAGCACCGCGAGGCGUACUCGAUGUCUGCCGGGCUGAGUCUCGGUCUGGUCUACCUCGGCAAAGGUCGAGGCGACGGGGUGAAGAGCUUGCCGGAUAAACGCAUCGUUUCGCGCCUCGUCCAGCUCGUGCGAGGUGGGAAGAACUCGGCGGCUGGUCUUUCGCUUGCUGAACCCUCUCAACAAGAAGCUGGCACUGGCGCGGUGCCAGAGCUUAACCUCACGUCGGGUCCAGCCGCGCUGGCUCUCGGCCUCGUCUACCUCCGAUCCGGCAAUCGCGCAGUAGCAGACGUCAUGGCACCCCCGCAGUCGACAGCUGAGCUGGAUCAGCUUCGGCCGGACGUGCUGUUCAGCCACGUGUUGUCACGCUCGCUCAUCUUGUGGGAUGGCAUCGAGCCCACAAAGGCAUGGAUUCAGGGUGUCCUGCCUGCAUGGAUGCAGGAGCGGAUCGCGACGGGCAAAUCGCUCUCGGAAGCGGCGCAGCUGGCUCAGAUCAACAUGCAAGCGGGCGCAUGCUUCGCGAUCGGGCUCAAGUUUGCGGGAUCCAAAGACUCCAAGGCGCGCGACUGUCUGUGGGAAGAGGCGGACAAGCUGGAGCGGCAGAUUCGUGCGUCGACGGUGUCGUUUUUCAGCCGGAUCCGCAAGUCGGCGGUGCGUGCUGCGCUGGACCAGGUGAGGAUCUCGCUGGGGAUGGUGCUUGCGGGCAGCGGCGAUGUGACGGUGCUGCGCCACUUGCGGCGUGCUCACGGCGAGGUGGAGGGCGAUACUUGCUACGGAAGCCACAUGGCGACGCACAUGGCUCUUGGCUUGCUCUUCCUGGGCGGUGGUCGAUACACGCUGGGAACGUCCGACCUUGGCGUGGCGGCGCUGCUGACAUCGUUCCUGCCGCCGUUCCCGCGCACGAGCAGCGACAAUCGUGCGCACCUGCAAGCUUUCCGGCAUCUCUGGUACCUCGCCAUCGAGCCGAGGCUGCUCAUCGCUACGGACAUCGACACGAAUCAGCUGGUGAGCCUGCCGGUCAAGAUGUCGGGCGUCGAGGGCAUAUCGACGCAGGAAGGCGCGUUCACACCGCUGCUUCUGCCGAAUGCACGUCUGACCGGGUCGAUCCAGACUGCCACGACUCGGUACUGGCCCACGAGCAUCGAGAGCAAGGCGACGGCAACCAACGCAGCGCCGGGAUCGGCGGCUGUGGCUGGCGCACCGUCGCUGUCGACUUCGCAGAUCCUGUACGUGAAGCGCAAGAUGGCGCACCUGGACUACCUGGCGGAUCCGCACGGAAGCCGGAGCUUGGCGUCGGCACCGGGAGAGACGGGUGCGAUGGACGUGUCUGCGGAUGCGCUCGAGCUGACCGGGACGACGGCGUCGGAGCUGCGCGAGGCUCUGCGAGGCUUUGCUCCGGUUGGAAGAUACGAGGAGCUUGUGCGCAGCGUGUCGCAGCUGGCCUCGCAAGACAAUAGGGAAGGGAGCAGACAGGACGCGUCAACGACAUCGUUGAUGCGAUCGGUGGUGAUGGAUUGCCUGAGCCAGGACAAGAUGUUUGUGCUACCGCUGUACACGACGCUGAUGCAGCUGCAACGAGUCGAGCAGGCAGACACGCCGGCCUGGCGCAAACACUACCGGGACCUGCGACUGGCCGACGAGUUCUACCGUCACCAUCAGCGUCGAAUCUUUGGCGACGAGUCGAUGACGCUGGUGCAGCCGGGCCUGGUGACCAGCUUGCGGCGUCGGGCGCAGCAGCAUGCACAGACGCUGUUUGAACAGGAGGCAUCGCUCAGACAGGCCAUCGUGGAGCACGUGUCAUCACCACAGCAUCAAGGUGGGCCGAGCCAGGACGCUGACGGCUUUUGGCUCACGCUAUUGGCGAGCGAGGUGCCCGAGGCGGAGGAGGUGCAAGCGCUGUGCGGCAGCAUGCGCGAAUUCAUGACGAGCCUGCGGAACGCGGCAGAUUCAGGCGACGAAGCUCGGUCGACGGCACGAGCAGAGGCGGGCGCUCGCCUGGUGGCAGACCGAGCGUUCGGGGGAGCAGAUCAAGCGCCGUGGACAACGUACAUGCUCGAUGAGCUGAUCGUCCAUAUUGCCCGCAGCGUGGCCUCUUAG